GUCCAGCUCUCUCUGAGUCUUCCCAUUUUGAGACUCACCCAGUGUGGAGUAACCCUCCAGUCGCUAUGGUGAUUUUUAACAGCAUGUGGACAGUGCUAGCCUUCACUGUGUCCACCACAGUCCUGCUGCUGACACACUCCUGCACUGCAGCAAAGUCAGAGCUGAUAGUAACCACCAUAAAGCAAGAUCCAUACACCAUGGCAAAGGGCUCCCAGUUAGAGGGCUAUUGCAUGGACCUGCUGUCUGAGUUAGCAAAGAAACUGGGCUUCAAGUAUAAAGUUCAUCUGGUGAAGGACGGUGCCUAUGGCAGGUUGGAUGACAGUGGAAGCUGGAAUGGAAUGAUCGGAGAGGUGGUGAGAGGGGAAGCUGACCUUGCUGUAGCUCCUCUCACCCUGACUGCAGCCAGAGAAAAGGCUGUGGGAAUGACCAAACCGUACAUGCAGACAGGCAUCAGCAUCCUCCUGCGGCGGGACAUCGUCUCACAGGAUUCUGGCUUUUUUGACUUCCUCAGCCCAUUCUCUGGAGAGACAUGGUUUGGUAUUCUCAUUGCUUACAUCCUGACUGCGGCCUGCAUCUGCAUCGUAGCAAGACUGAGUCCUAGUGAAUGGAAUCAGCCAGAGAAUGAACACAACAACUUCACACUCCUGCACAGCUUGUGGUACACCGCUGGUGCACUCAGCCUGCAAGGGGCAGGCCCCCACCCCAAAUCUCCGUCAGGUCGUGUGGUCAGCUGUACCUGGUGGCUCUUUGCUGUGGUGCUGCUGGCAUGCUACUUUUCCAGCCUGAGCUCCAACCAAAGCUCAGACUCCUCCCACCGCAUGAUAAAGAGCUUUGAGGACCUGGCCAAUCAGGAUGUUAUUGAAUACGGAACACUGGCAGGCUCCUCUACACUCGCGUUCUUUAAGAAUUCGAAUAAUCCUUCUUACCGCCGCAUCUAUGAGCACAUGGAGAGAAGGAAGAGUUUUGUGUCAUCAAUGGAUGAGGGUGUUCAGAGGGCGAGGGAGGGAAACUUUGCCUUUAUUGGGGAGUCCGUGUCCCUCGACCUUGCUGUGGCGCACUACUGUGAGCUGGUUCGAGCCCAUGAGGUGAUUGGUAUGAGAGGCUACAGCAUUGUAACCCCUCUGGGGUCCCCUUUGUUGAAGAACCUGAGUGUGGCCAUCCUGCAGCUGAGUGAGGCUGGGGAGCUGGCCUAUCUGCGUAGUAAAUGGUGGGCCAGCAGCUGCAUGGCUCAUAGUGCUAAAGCAUCAUCAUUAAGGGCCCAUGGCAUGAAGGGAAUCUUCCUAGUGCUGGCUGUGGGCCUAGGAAUCGGAGUGCUGCUGGCUCUGCUGGAGCUCACUUCCAAAUCCCGCAGCAGUGCCCAGGAGCAAAAGAAAUCCUGCUGCUCUGUUCUGACCCAGGAGCUGAGUCAGCGUUUGAGAACCAACAACACAAAAAGAGACCAGGAAACCUCAGACAAAAGCAAAGCUUGAAGGUUAUUUGUUAUUAACUUCAGUAAUUACAACUUGACAUCUCUCCCAUUGCUUCUAUUGGGAAACAUGUGCAUUAUUACAUGUGUAGUUCAAUGUUCAAACCUUAAUUAAUAAUAGAAAAUGGAUAUUUUAUACUUGUAAAAGCUUAAAGGGGCAUUCCGGCCUAAAACUGAAGUGUGUGUGUGUUAUGCAGUAUUACGUAGUGCAGCAUUAUAUUCCUAAACGUCACUGAUUUUCACAAUUUAACAUUGUUUUCCUGUUUUCAUUCAUCUAUGUUCUCUACUCAACUAAACCUCACUGCUAGCCUAGCCACUGGUCCACAGGUAUCUCUUUCUUCAGCUGUUGAACAAAACCAAAAGAAAUCUUUGAUUCUAUGUUUAUUCAGCACAAAUCUGACAGUCUUUUCAAAUUUGUAAGUCUUUUUUGUCUUUUGAAUAAUCCAUUCUCUCCUCUGUAAUGAUGUUUUGAAGGUAUAUGGCAGUAUAGCAGUAACGUUAGCAAUCUGCCUUCCUUUUGCACUUGCAGAAUAAGAAAUUCAAAAUGCCAACCUUCAACAAUCCACCCAAGGCUGUUUUUGAAAUGUUGCUUGCACUGUAAAGACACUACAUCAGAAGGAGUUUUUUUUCUCUGUAGAGACUACUGCAUCACUGCUACAGGAUGCAAGUAAGCAUGUUUACAACAGAUGUAGGGAUGGAUAGAUGUUUCAUUUGGGCCAGAGUGUCCCUUUAACUUUCUGACAUAGAAUGAUGUUAACACUAUAUAGUUUAAUUUGUAUAGUAUAUUCACUUUUUAUGCCUUUCUUAAGCAAAUUAUAGUGCGUGAAGGGAUGCUAAUCAGAAUCUGUGAGAGGUGGGGUUAUAUUCAAGACUGACUACAAUUAAGUAAAAUCUUUUUUCUCUAAUCUUGUGCUAAGCUAUCUUUAGGCAUUUUUGUAAGGACAAAUAUAAUGCAUUUCAGCAACAGAAUGAAUAUUCAAAUCAUUUUACACAAGUUUGGAUUUUUAUCAAAAGUGGCUACAUAAAGCUAAAAGAUUACUCAAAUGUCUUCAACAGAAUCAAGAACAAAAUUCAGACAGAACUUUUGUUAGUACAUGCAUGCUUUAGCUGAAACAAUACAUUCAAACUCAUCAUCUGAAAAUACUUGCACUUUUGCAUCACAUAGCGUAAAAAAUGGGGAGGAAAAAGCAUCACUUCUUACAGCAAGAAAGAGGCAGAAGUUCUGGCACAUUGUUAUUAAUGAAUUAAUAAACAUAAAUUAACCAAAAGUGUAAAA